GAUGUAUGGAAGGGUAUAAGGCAGUUGAGCGUUUUCCAACGUGCCCCAGAUACACUGCAAGUGGACACCCAAGAGCACCAGGGUUUAAACUAUCCUGACAAUGGGAAUUCCAGGAACUCUUUAAAGGUGUCUCUGGGGAGAGACAUCACAAGGCUCAAACAAGAUAUGCUCGAGAAGACACCAAGAUGGGAAGGAAGGGAGGAGCAGAAGAAAAUGAUGGAACCAGUUGCCAGGAUGGAAGAAGCCAAGCAGAAUGUGACUGUGAAACCAACCCCUGGGUUGGAGGGAAUCAAGAAGACGACAGUGAAAACAGUCCUGAGGAUGCAGGAAAACAAUGAGAAAAGAACAGUGAGACCAGCCCCAGGGGUGGAAGAAGCCAAGGAAAGGAUGACAGUGAAACCACUUCCCAGCGUGGAAGAAGCCAAGGAAAGGAUGACAGUGAAACCACUUCCCAGCGUGGAGGGAGCCAAGGAGAAGGCAACAGUGAAACUAUCCUCUGGCGUGAAGGGAGCUCAGCAAAACAACACAUCCGAUGACCACACAAAGCCAAAAGAGCCUCCUGCAUCAGUGAAAACUGUAAGACCUGUUCCUCAGGCUGCUGCAGUGACAGAGAAGAAGCAGCUGACAGAGAAGAAGCAGCUGACAGAGAAGAAGCAGCUGAGGGCUGCUGACUUCAAGUCAGAGCCGCGGUGGGAUUUUGAGGACCAGUACCUGCUGGACAGCUCGUCUCCACCAUCGACCUGCUCUGAAUCAGUGAAGGCCAAAGCUGCCAAGUCUGACUGGUUGCGAGAUCUUUUCCUGCCCAACAUCAUGCUCUUCGCAGACAAGAGAUACUUCAGUGACAGUGAAUGGGACCGCCUGGAGCAUUUUGCACCUCCCUAUGGCUUCAUGGAGCUGAAUUAUUCAUUGGUGAAGGAGGUGAUGUCCCUGCUGCCCUCAAAUCCCCACCAGCAGCUGCUCCUGGCCAACGGCACCAGCAGCAAGCCAACAUGCAUCAGCUGUGCUGUCGUGGGGAAUGGAGGAAUACUGAAUAACUCUGGGAUGGGCCAGGAGAUUGACUCCCAUCACUACGUCUUCCGGGUGAGUGGGGCUGUGAUCAAAGGUUAUGAAAAAGAUGUGGGAACAAAAACAUCCUUUUAUGGAUUCACAGCCUACUCCCUGGUGUCGUCUCUCCAGAUUUUGGGACACAGAGGCUUCAGCAACAUCCCAUGGGGAAAACAUGUCAGAUACAUUCACUUCCUGGAGGGAGCUAGAGACUACGAGUGGCUGAAAGCUCUUUUGCUGAACAAGAACAUCAGGGAAGGAUUCUUGAACCACUACGGGCAGAGGCCCCGGGAGAGAUUUGAGGAAGGUUUCACGAUGGACAGAUACCUGGUGGUUCACCCUGAUUUCCUCAGAUACACAAAGAACAGGUUUUUGAAAUCUAAAACUCUGGAAAAGCCCUACUGGAGGCUCUACAGACCCACAACAGGGGCCUUCCUGCUGCUGACUGCCCUCCACCUCUGUGAUCAGGUGAGUGCCUAUGGCUACAUCACGGAGGGGCACGAGAAGUACUCAGAUCACUACUAUGACAAGGACUGGAAACGUCUGAUUUUCUACACCAACCAUGACUUCAACCUGGAGAAGCAGGUGUGGAAGAAGCUUCACGAUGAGAACGUCAUGAAGCUUUACCAGAGAUCCUGAUUGUGUGCUAAGGGCCAUUGCCUGGGGAAUCUUACCACCUCUCUGGGAAUAGAAGAGGACCACCAGAGCCAAGGUUAGGUCUGGGCUUCCAGGCACUUUUCAUGCCCACAAAGAUACUUGUCUCCUCUGUUCUCUCACAAUGCUUCUACAAAUGAACAAAUGCUGCAGACCAGGAGAACAGCAAGAAAAUGUAGCACACCACCAAAGAAGUCCCACCUGGCUGUGCUGCAGGACUGUUGCUGGUGGUUGUAGGCCCUGGUAUUGGGAGAGAAGAUUCCAGGGUGAAUCUGGGUAGCAUGUGGUCCAGUGUCAUAGAGUCAUAGAAUGCAUCUUCAUCCAGGUUUUGUCUGUUUGCAAGGAGAUGCUCCUCAGGCUGGGGCUACUUCUGUUCUGGGUGAUCCUCUCCAUGAGUGGUGCCUAUCUUGGAGCUGGGUGUGUUGUCUGGGCAAGCUCCCUCAGCAGCCAGUGGAUGCACAGAUCCUGUCUCAGGUUGACUUAAUUCCUGGAGUGCUGCUCUCACUCUACUCCAUGCAGAUAGAAAGGAUGGAUGGAUACUUCCAGGUGACUAAUAUGAGAGAGGAUGCAUUUCACUUCUGCUUCCUAGUGUGGCCUCAUGAUGACACCUCCAAAGGAGCACCCUCAUCACUUCCAGGGCAGGUAAAUGCUCUCCAUGGUGCAGCAGGGGUGCCAGACCUGGUGUCUCUUGCUCUGGGGCUCCCCUAGCUCCAGAACUUGGGAAUUUCGAGUCCUGCUGUGCCAAGUCCUUGCUUGGCUGGGCUUUGGCACACUUGGCUCCCACUGUGCCAGGAGCACUGUGUUUGUCCUUUUGCCAGGAGAGGUAGGAGCUCUCCAAGUCCAGGGAUGGAUGCUGUCCAUCCUUGCUGCUGGCUAGAGAGCCUGUCCCCAUCGUGCUGAGAUGAGCCCAGUUGUGCUCAGCAAAGCUGCAGUGUGUUGGCUGCUGAAAGGACUUGUGCAAACAAAAUAAAUGGCACUACUUGGGCCAGACUGAUUUUU